AAAAAACGCGCAUACACUCACUAUCUCACUGGCCAGGCACCAAUAUAAAAACCCUAAACUUCCUUUUUUCUCUUUUUUAACUUUUAUUUAUUAUUUUAACCCUCUCAGUUCUCCCGCACUGCUGGUCUGGUAUCUACUCUACCCUGCUCUCCAUUGUUAUUUCGGGGGUUUCUGAGUUUCUAGGGUUUCGACGAAUUUCUCCAUGAACGAAUGAUUAGGGUUCUUCUUUGGAGAGAAAUGCGUCUCCAUUUCUGUUCUAUCUUCAUCUGUCUGGUGUUCUUCAUUGGAGUUCUAGGUUCCUCCGAAGAUGAAGUUCGAUCUCUACUGGAAUUCAAAAAAGGAAUCAAGUAUGAUCCACUUGACCGUGUACUGAAAUCAUGGGACCGGUCUUCAGUGUUAGCUAACGGCUGCCCUCAGAACUGGCACGGAAUCUCGUGCGACGACUCAGGCUCGGUUGCUGGUAUUGCUCUUGAUGGAUUGGGUUUGAGUGGAGAUUUGAAGUUCAACACCUUGAGUGGAUUGAGAAUGCUGAGAAAUCUUAGCCUAUCGGGGAAUUUCUUCACCGGCCGGCUUGUGCCCGCAAUGGGAGCUAUAGCUUCUUUGCAGCGUUUGGAUCUGUCGGGAAAUCGGUUCUAUGGGCCGAUCCCAGCUAGGAUUAAUGACCUAUGGGGAUUGAAUUAUCUGAAUCUGUCGUCAAAUAAUUUCACGGGCGGGUUCCCCAGCGGAAUUAGAAACCUUCAACAACUGAGAGUCUUGGAUUUGCAUUCCAAUGGGCUUUGGGCGGACAUUGGAGGCGUGUUGUCUGAGCUUCGGAAUGUUGAACACGUUGAUUUGAGCAAUAACAUGUUCUAUGGGGGGCUUUCUUUGGGUUCAGAUAACAUUUCUAGCUUGGCGCAAACUGUCCGUUAUGUGAAUUUGAGUCACAAUAGAUUGAAUGGGAAUUUCUUUUUGGAUGAAGCAGUCAAGUUGUUUAAUAACUUGGAAGUUUUGGACCUCGGUAACAAUCAGCUAGCUGGCGAGCUUCCUUCCUUUGGCUCUUUACCUCAUCUUCGAGUUUUACGGCUUGGAAACAAUCAGCUAUAUGGAUCUAUACCGGAGGAGCUUCUUGAGAGCUUGAUUCCGUUGGAAGAACUGGAUCUCAGCCUAAAUGGCUUUUCAGGUUCUGUUCAUGGAAUUAACUCCACCACUUUGAAAAUUUUGAAUCUCUCAUCAAAUAUACUCUCUGGUUCAUUGCCUUCUGCUCUUGGAACAUGCGUGAUGGUGGACUUGAGCAAAAACAAUUUUUCUGGUGAUAUUUCUAUUAUGCAAGGUUGGGGAGAUACUUUGGAGGUUAUCAAUUUGAGUUCAAAUGCAUUAUCUGGAAGCUUUCCAAAUCUGGCUAAUCAAUUUCAGAGAUUGAUUUCUAUUAUGAUUUCAAGUAAUUCUAUCAUAGGUGAACUACCUUCUGAAUUCGGGACCUAUCCAAGAUUGUCUAUAGUUGAUUUUAGCUUCAAUGAGCUUACUGGGCCUAUUCCAAGUGGUUUCUUUACUUCUUUGACAAUGACAAAAUUGAACCUUUCAGGAAAUAAGUUUAGAGGAACAAUCCCUCUUCAAGGCUCACACACAACUGAGUUAUUGGUUCUACCUUCUUAUUCACAGAUGGAAUCACUUGAUCUCUCUUGUAACUUAUUGACAGGUUCAUUGCCUUCUGAAAUAGGUAACAUGGAGAGGCUUAAGUUGCUAAAUUUGUCAAGGAACACAUUAUCAGGAGAGAUACCAAGUGCAAUGAACAAGCUUAGUGGCUUAGAGUACCUUGACUUAUCCAACAACAAUUUUAAGGGUAAGAUCCCUGAUGGGCUUCCAUCAAAUCUAAAGGUUUUCAGUGUAUCCUAUAAUGAUUUAUCGGGACAAGUUCCUGACAAUUUGGUACAUUUCCCUGUUACUUCUUUUCAUCCUGGAAAUGCCCUACUAAUCUUCCCAAAUGGCAUGCCUUCAAAGAGUAAUGGGCCCUUGGGUUUUAAUGGUAGAGGCCAACGUCACAGUUCAAAGGCUAACGUCAGAAUAGCAAUUAUUGUUGCCUCUGUAGGCGUCACUGUGAUGAUUGUUUUUGUUUUAUUCGCAUAUUAUCGUUGGCAACUACAAGAAUUUCCUAGGAGUGGAUCAAGAGGCCAAAUGACUGGCAGAGAUAUUGGAAAAUUUACACGCCCUUCGCUUUUCAAGUUCCACAAAAACAUAGAACCCACUUCAACCUCAAUGAGUUUUUCAAAUGAUCGACUGCUGAUUUCAAAUGCAAGGUCAUUACCUGGGCAGAAAGAGCUUCUGACUGAAAUUGCGGAGUGUGGUUUACCUGAGGGAAGAGAAACAGGCCCAGAAUCUCUGAUUCCUAACUUUCCAGAUAAUCAUUCUGCAACCUCUGGUUUGAAGUCAUCUCCGGGGUCCCCUCUAUCUUCUUCACCCCAUUUUGUUGAGGCAUGUGAGCAACCUGUGAUGUUAAAUGUGUAUUCACCAGAUCGGUUGGCUGGAGAGCUGUACUUUCUGGAUAGCUCACUAGUAUUCACAGCUGAGGAGUUGUCUAGAGCCCCAGCAGAAGUCCUUGGUAGAAGCAGUCAUGGAACUUUAUACAAAGCUACCUUAGAUAGUGGGCAUAUUUUGACUGUGAAGUGGUUGCGAGUAGGACUCGUCAGACAUAAGAAAGAGUUUGCCAAGGAAGCAAAAAAGCUUGGAUCUAUUAGACAUUCAAACAUUGCCCCAUUAAGAGCAUAUUACUGGGGCCCCAGGGAGCAAGAGAGGCUGGUUCUUGCAGAUUACAUCCAUGGAGAUAGCUUGGCUCUUCAUCUCUAUGAGACCACGCCACGAAGGUACUCUCCAUUAUCAUUCAGCCAAAGAAUAAAAAUUGCAGUGGAUGUUGCACGGUCGCUCUCUUACCUCCAUGAUAGAGGUUUGCCUCAUGGUAACCUAAAGCCAACAAACAUAGUCCUAGCAGGCCCUGAUUUUACUGCUCGCCUCACGGACUAUGGUCUCCACCGGUUAAUGACACCUGCUGGGACUGCAGAGCAGAUGUUAAAUUUGGGAGCGCUUGGAUACAGAGCGCCAGAGAUUGCUUCUGCAGCAAAACCAUUGCCAACAUUUAAGGCUGAUGUUUAUGCAUUUGGUGUGAUACUUAUGGAGUUGUUAACUAGAAGAAGUGCUGGUGACAUAAUUUCUGGCCAGUCAGGUGCUGUUGACCUCACAGAUUGGGUUCGGCUAUGUGCCCAUGAAGGACGAGUAAACGAGUGCUUUGACAGAGACAUUUCUGGUGGGGAAGAACAAACAAAAGCAAUGGAUGAUUUGCUUGCCGUAUCUCUCCGGUGUAUUCUCCCUGUAAAUGAGAGGCCUAACAUCAGACAAGUCUUUGAGGAUCUUUGUUCUAUAUCAGUUUGAAAUUUGUGUAUUUGUAUCUUGGAAUUAAUUUUGCUUUCUGACUUCUAUUUUUCCUUUCCUUUUCUUUGAGGGUUCCCAAGCCUUUCAAAUGUGGGCUAAUUUUCAUUUUUUUUUCUCCAUGUAAAGGGAUUAUUGAUCCAUUGAUUGAUUGAUAUUGUUUGAGUUAGUUUGAGUGUUGUAAUUC